CUAAUCUUCAUAAGAGGCUAUCCCACACCAGCGUGGCUCAACACGGUCGGCUCCAAAUACAAGGUCGAUCCGGACUUCUUUGCCCGCCAUUUAGACUAUCUCAUCCCAACAACCUCCGAGACAUUUCCCUCGCCUGCAUUGCCAUCCUCGCUUAGCCACAUGGUCACGCUUUACGUGACGACGAUAGGGUCUCGAGAUCGCGCCCGCCGAACCUUCAGACAGAGCGAGAUUGACAGUAUUCGGAUAAGUGACAAGAGAAAGAUGGCUGGGUAUUCUCGAUCAUUGUCGGCCGGCUCCGAUUUCAAUGCAGGAAAUGCACUUGUGCGUUAUUACUCGACCCUGGACGAGUCCCACUUCACCAUCGAGCAGAGAAUCACGGUCAAUAUUCAUCGCCGAAGAAAUGAGCAACCCGAGGCCCAACUGCACCCAGUCAUCUCAUACAAGCACAUGCACGGUCUCAACCCGGACACCCUGACUACUGGUGGUGUCAUCGACACCGAUCCUUCACAUCGGUUCAAGGUACCACAGACGGCCACCUUGCUUCAUCGGCGAUUCGGGCAGACACUACUUCGGAAGGACAUGGGGCGCGACAUCCUUUACGCAUUAGACAAGGUUUUCUCUCUUGCGAUCUCCUCUGAGUGUCAGUUCCUCGACAUGAUGGAGAAGAAAUUGGAUCGAACUCUCGAAAAGGUCAACGCCGAUGAGUUUGACACUUUACCUGACCUGAAAUUUUUACGGCAACUUUUGUAUCGACAUAUUCAACAGAUCCAGGAAACGAUUGUCGGGGUGGAGAAUGCCCGAUCGCCGUUAGUAGGACCCAAGGGAAAAACUGUUUCGCCAGCGAAGGAGGCAGAAGCCGACACUGAAGUCAACCAAACUGCAACCACCACGUUGCGGGAUCUUGACCACAGCCUCCGCCAUGCUGAAGCACUAGAGAGACGGAUUCAGGAUACAAUAUCAGUACUGAUGAGCAGCGUCUCCAUUGCAGAAUCCAGGAGGGGUAUGGAGCAACAAGAAAGGAUCGGGAAGCUUACAAUUCUUGCUUUCAUUUUCGUUCCUCUUUCAUUCACGUCUUUCUUCGGAAUGAAUUUUAAAGAGAUGAAGGCGGACAUCAUGUCUAUUUGGCAGUGGUUCACCGUAUCUGUACCCAUUGUAGUAUUUACGCAACUAGCACUCUUUGUCACAGCAGAACAAAUGAAGUCAUCCUUACGGUGGCUUCGGGGACGUCGCAAGGCUGGGCCAAUAGCUCCAGGGGACAAGGCAAAGUGA